AUGACGGCGACGGCGCGGUGGCAGGUGGAGGAGCAGAAGCUGCGGUGCACCAAGGAGCCGUACGUCGACGACGCCGGCGCCCGCAGGAUAAAGAGCAUCCGGUUCAGCACCUUGUCCGGCAACGAGGUCCGCAGCUCCGCGGAGGCGCAGGUCUGGAACAACAGGGCCUACGACGUCACCAGGAAGCCCGUCCCCGGCGGCCUGCUCGACACGCGCAUGGGAGCCGCAAACAAGUUCGGGGAGUGCACUACCUGCUACGGCUCCUAUGCCGAGUGCCCGGGCCAUUUCGGCUACAUCAAGCUCGCGCUCCCGGUCUUCAACGUCGGCUUCUUCAACAACAUUGUGAACAUGCUCAAAUGCAUCUGCAAGCGCUGCAGCAGGGUCCUUCUCGCGGAUAAAGAACGCCUAGGGUUUCUGAAGAGGAUGAGGAAUCCUAGAGCAGAGGACCUGCACAAAAGCACUAUCGCCAGGGAAGUGAGGGACAAAUGCAGGCCGUGCCGUUGCCCCUAUUGUGGAUUCAUGAAUGGUGUAGCAAAGAAGGGGCCCAAGGGAGGAGGCUUGACAAUUGUUCAUGACUGCAGCAAAACGUUGGAUCCAAGUGCAGAAGAACUCCGGUCUGCGUUAUCACACAAGAAAGAAAAACUAUCCUUUCCUAUGGUUCACCUGUUAGACCCUCAGACAGUUCUCUCUCUUUUCAAAAGAAUCACUGACGAGGACUGUGAAUUGCUAAACCUUGGUGAUAGGCCUGAGAAACUUAUCAUUACAGAGAUCGCAGUGCCACCUGUGACUAUCCGUCCUUCUGUUUUUAAAUCUGAUAGAAUGAGCAAUGAAGAUAGUAUUACGAUCAUAUUGAAGGGUAUUGUUAAUUUAAAUUCCGGCAUUAAACAGACCCUUCAAACGGGCGAACCACUCACCAAGUGCUUUAAUUUGUGGCAACAGCUUCAACUUAAAGUUGUUGAAUAUAUCAAUAGUGAAGCCCCUGCUUUAGACAAAAAUCGUGAUUUACAAAAUCGUGGCCUUAUCCAAAGACUCAAAGGGAAGGCAGGUCGAUUUCGUGGGAACUUGUCUGGGAAACGUACCGAGUACACUGGAAGGACUGUCAUAUCUCCUGACCCAAACUUGAGAAUAACAGAGGUCGCCAUUCCUAUCUUGAUGGCUCGAGUCUUGACUUAUCCCGAGAGAGUUUCAUGUCAUAACAUAGAGAAGCUGCGUCAAUGUGUACGAAAUGGGCCAUCUAAAUAUCCUGGGGCAAAUUUUAUAAUACAACCUGAUGGAUCAAAGAUGGACUUAAAGUAUGGUGAUAGAAGGAUCAGUGCUCGGGAUUUGAAGGAUGGCUGUAAAGUCGAAAGACAUUUAGAAGAUGGAGAUAUUGUCCUUUUCAACAGACAACCAAGCUUGCAUAGAAUGUCAAUUAUGUCACACAGGGCAAGGAUAAUGCCCUGGAGAACAUUAAGAUUCAAUGAGUCUGUAUGCAACCCUUACAAUGCUGAUUUUGAUGGAGAUGAGAUGAAUUUGCAUGUCCCACAGACAGAGGAAGCUCGUACUGAAGCAUUUAUGCUUAUGGGGGUUCAGAAUAAUUUAUGUACCCCUAAGAACGGGGAAAUACUGGUUGCUUCCACGCAAGACUUUUUAACCUCUUCUUUUCUAGUCACAAGGAAAGAUACCUUCUAUGACAGGUCUUACUUUAGUCUCUUGUGUUCAUAUCUUGGUGAUUCAAUGGAAAAUAUUGAUCUCCCAACGCCAGCCUUAAUUAAGCCCAUUGAGCUUUGGACUGGUAAACAAUUAUUCAGUGUGUUAGUGCGUCCUAACGCAUGUACAAAGGUGUUUUUGAAUCUUACUGUUGAAGAGAAAAUUUACAUGAAGCGUAGAGAACGUGAUAAAAAGACGAUUACAGUUUUGGAAGAGACAAUGUGUCCAAAUGAUGGUUUUGUCUACUUCCGAAACAGUGAACUCUUAUGUGGGCAAGUUGGGAAGAAAACUUUAGGUAAUGGGAGUAACGAGGGCAUGUUCUCUGUUCUCAUAAGAGAUUAUAAUUCUCACGCUGCAGCAAGCUGUAUGAAUCGUUUGGCAAAGUUUAGUGCAAGAUUUAUAGGGAAUCAUGGUUUCUCAAUUGGUGUGGACGAUGUCCAGCCAGGAGAAAGUCUAAACCAGAAAAAGAAAAUAACAAUAGAUGAAGGGUAUGAAGAAUGCCAUAAGCUUAUUGCCCUAUAUUCCAAAGGUGACCUCGUACCGCAACCUGGUUGCAACAGAGCUCAAACACUGGAGGCUCAGAUAUCUCGGGUUCUAAAUAAAUUAAGAGAAACAGCUGGAGAUGAUUGUAUGAGUACGCUUCAUUGGAGAAACAGCCCAUUGAUUAUGUCUCAGUGUGGAUCUAAAGGUUCUCCAAUCAAUAUCAGUCAGAUGGUUGUCUGUGUUGGCCAACAAUCAGUUGGAGGACGGCGUGCCCCGGAUGGUUUUAUAGACCGAACACUUCCCCACUUUCCUAUUAAUUCAAAGACCCCUGCAGCGAAAGGUUUUGUUGCUAAUUCAUUCUAUUCCGGUUUGACUGCUACCGAGUUUUUCUUCCAUACAAUGGGUGGACGAGAAGGUCUUGUUGACACAGCGGUCAAAACAGCAGAAACUGGAUAUAUGUCCCGUAGAUUAACUAAGGGUCUGGAAGAUCUCUCAGUUUGCUAUGAUAAGACAGUUCGUAAUGCUAGUGGUGGUAUAGUUCAGUUUAUCUAUGGAGAUGAUGGCAUGGAUCCUGUAAAGAUGGAAGGCAAAGGUGGCCGUCCGUUAAAUUUGGAUCAAUUGCUUAUGAAAGUCAUGGCCACAUGCCCCCAAAGGGGACAUGACACGUUAUCUCCAGAGGUAAUCUUGCAAAUGCUAAAUGAUAAGCUCGCUGAAGAAGACACCGCAUCUGGUGGCUGUAGCGAUAGUUUCAAGGAAAUGUUAGCAAAAUUUCUUGAGGGUCGUAUCAAAAUGGUUAGAAGCACAAGGAGAGCACUUCAACUAGAUGAAAAUCGUGUGGGAAGGAGGAACUCCAGCAUUGAAGAAGGCAUUGCUGCUGAUAUUUCUGGCAUAUCUGCGAAACAACUGCAGGUAUUUUUGGAUACUUGUUUAUCUCGUUACCACUCAAAAACAAUCGAAGCAGGAGCAUCAAUUGGGGUGAUUGGGGCACAGAGUAUUGGAGAGCCGGGGACUCAAAUGACAUUGAAAACCUUCCAUUUUGCAGGAGUAGCUAGCAUGAAUGUCACUCUUGGAGUUCCCCGCAUCAGGGAAAUCAUCAAUGCUGUUAAAAAGAUAAGCACACCAAUUAUCACUACAGAACUUUUGUCUGAGCGAGAUGAGUCAUUUGCAGUGAAGGUGAAAUGUUAUAUUGAGAAAGUAGUGCUGGGCGAGGUAGCAGCAGCCAUAAAGAUUGUCUUGAAAUCAAGCCAGCCAUGUUUGGUUGUUAAACUCGAUAUGCAGCGCAUAGAAGCUCAGGGGUACAUGGGAAUCUCUUCUGAUUCUGUGCAACUGUCAAUAUUAAAUCAUCCAAAAGCAAAGUUAAAAUCUGAGCAUGUUCGUGUCAUCGAUGAAGCCAAGUUGAGAAUAUAUCCAACUGGAACAGAUAAGUCCAAACUUCAGUUUGAGCUGCACAAUCUCAAAUCGAUGCUUCCAAAAGUGAUUGUGAAGGGGAUUCCAACUGUUGAAAGAGCUGUCGUGAACCCUGUUCUGCGACGUGAUGGGACUUUAGAGAGAUACAACUUGUUGGUUGAAGGAACAAACCUGUUAAAAGUCUUGGGCACGCCAGGAGUUAAUGCUGAGAGAACAAAAAGCAAUCACAUCAUGGAAGUUCACAAAACGCUUGGGAUUGAAGCCGCAAGGAGGUCGAUCAUCGACGAGAUUCAGUACACAUUUGAAAGUAAUAACAUGAUGAUUGAUCGGAGACAUAUGAUGCUUCUGGCGGAUCUGAUGACAUACAAGGGCAUGGUUCUGGGCAUAACGAGAGACGGCAUUGCAAAGAUGAAUAGCAGCGUGCUGAUGAUGGCAUCGUUUGAGAAGACCGCGGAACACCUGUUCAACGGCUCGUGCGCCGGUCGCGAGGACGAGAUCAAGGGUGUCAGCGAGUGCAUCAUCAUGGGCAUACCCAUGAAGCUGGGCACCGGUAUCCUUGGAGUCAGGCAAAAGAACCCGGAUUUGCCUGAAUUCAAGUACCAGCCUGAUCCGAUUCUGCUAUGAUCGAUCGACGAAGUUUGGACUAAUCAUGUAUUUGGGUAACAGAAAUAACACUAGUAGUACCGAGUCAGCUGGACAUUCAA